GGUACACCUGCCGACCGGCCCGGAACCAGGAUGGGAGCUGCGGGAAGCACCUUCGGGCGGGGCGCAGCUGAGAACUGUGGCAGAAAGCCUCGUCGUGUUGCAGUCGUUGAAGCAAUCACGAAACAGAUGGAUUGCCUCUGCUUUCCCCAAGUUCUCUUCAAAGGCACGCGGCGGCAAAGCAGUAGAGAAUAUGCCACCACCCCAUACCAUCAAGGCCCACGGGAAGUACGACCUACAUAUAGGACCUCACAUUUUCUCCAAUACGGCCCUCUAUGAAGCCCAUUACCUGCCAGCCAUGGACCCUGAUAGCGGUCAAGAGGCACAAUUGCCUCAUGACCCUCAAGUGUCGACAUCAUCAUCGUACGUGACCCCGGCAUUAUCCGCCAAAGUCCAGUUGGCAGCACAGACCAACCCUACACUUGCGAACUUGCUCAAUGCGGUCAUCAACCAUACCGCGACCGAUGAGGAGGUCAAGCGGCUGGGCGUUCUGAUCCGCCAGCUCGAAGACAUAUCGGAUUUGGGAAGUGCAAGUAACCCUCCCCCAAGCUCGACACCAUCAGUUCCGGUCAGAGCGGGUUCGCCGAAACCCUUUGACCUCCUUCUGGAGUUCCACGAAAAGCCUUCUGACAGGUGGAUACUACCUCGCGGAGAUGUAUUCUGCGAGCGUGUAGGCGUCGCGGAUGGUGCUUGGGUUAGAUAUGCCGACGUCAUCAUCACAAUGUGCAUCACUCCCUCCAGCCCGCCGUCAGAGCCACCUCCGACCAAUCAGCAGCCUUCUGACAGCCCUAUUCCAGAGGUCGUGAGCUUCCGCUUUUCAAGAGUGCCACAUUCAUUGUGGGAGCUCCUCAUAACAUGGGCGGGCGGACUGCAGAAGAUGGAAGAAAGCAAGGCAAGACUUGUUGAUUUGGUCAGGGCAGCAGCGCCACCAUCUUACUUGCAACAUCACGUUCCUGAGGGAGAACUUUUGACCGAGCUUCAGAACGCGACCGCUCCCUCAUAUACGAUGAAGUCCAUCAAACCCAUUGGGGCAGAUAGCACUCGAGCAAAGCGGAAGUCAGUGUCUCGGAAGCCAACUCUCGUCAUUCCCGAUACACCGCCUACCCGCGCGGAAAAGCCAACGCCAGCAAAGCGACGACAGUCACUGAAAGCGAAAACGUCCGCCCCACCAACUCCAAUCGCUUGCCACGCUUGCGGCCAAACGGAUGUCCCCUUGAUGAUGGGAGGACGAUACUGCCGGACAUGCAUAGAUGCGGGCAAAACGGUGGCGGACGUUCCCCAAGCUCAAGCGGCACCCCGCGGCGUCAUAACGCCUUCGUCCUCUCAGCCUUACUUUGUCCCAGUCAGCACGUCCCACCAAGCAGUUCCCUUCACUGUACAGCACACCGGGAGCUUGGCACAAGCCAAGACGGCGCCGUCUCAAGUGGCUACCACGUCCUCCAACCCAACUAAUUCGUAUCAAAUACCUUCCUCAAAGCCCAGCACACAGAGUUCAUGA